CUCAACCGACCAAACUCCCUUCACCGUCAACACGUCGACAACCAGCACAGAGUCACCAUGUCGGAGGGAAAGGACAAGUCCGCCAACCCCAUGCGGGAACUCCGCAUCCAGAAGCUCGUCCUCAACAUCUCAGUUGGCGAGUCUGGUGACAGACUCACCCGUGCGGCCAAGGUGUUGGAGCAAUUGAGCGGCCAGACCCCUGUCUACAGCAAGGCCCGCUACACCGUCCGUACCUUUGGUAUCCGCCGUAACGAAAAGAUCGCUGUCCACGUUACCGUCCGCGGACCCAAGGCCGAAGAAAUCCUUGAACGCGGCCUCAAAGUCAAGGAAUACGAAUUGAGAAAGAAGAACUUCUCCGAGACUGGCAACUUCGGUUUCGGUAUCAGCGAACACAUCGAUCUCGGUAUCAAAUACGAUCCCAGCAUCGGUAUCUACGGCAUGGACUUCUACUGCUGCAUGACCCGCCCUGGAGAACGUGUUGCCAAGCGCAGACGAUGCAAGUCCAGAAUCGGUGCCUCACACCGCAUCAACCAAGCCGAGACUAUCAAGUGGUUCAAGUCCCGCUUCGAGGGAAUCGUUCGAUAAAGUUAGUUUAUGUGGUAAUGCGGGUUUAUGGGGUAUUUCCUUUUUAGCCAGACUAGAUCAAUGCACGAGACAUGACUGCUGAUCUGGCAAAAAUCUUUUGUCUAUUAUGGGACUUGUGGGCAUAGGCAUAGGCGUGCUAGCGAUUUCUGACAGCAGUCCUCCAAAUGAAAGAAAAACCAAGUUCUUCUGAUGGCUCAAUUUUUCACAAUGGAGGCUUCACAAAAGGUGUUGGUCCGCUUAACCAUUGCUGGAAAACUUGAUACUUUCUGGGAUUCGUCCUAGGCGGCCUCUUCGAGCUUGUCGACUCCCUACGCUUCACUGGCUUUUGGUUUCGACGGUUCGCUCUACCACGUCCAAGUCGUCCAUCGGAGGAUAGUGGACUGGUCAGACCUUUCCUUGUCCUUUUUUCCC